AUGCCAAGCGAGAGCAAAGAUCAUAAGGACGAGAAGGCUGGAGAGAAACCCCAUGCUGUUGCUUCAAGCGAAUCGAAAGCUCAGCCAGAACAAGAGAAGGCGGGCGCUAAGGACGACGACGGGAGCGUAAACGCUGACAAUAAUGAUCUGGUGAAUAAAGUCAUUUCUUUCUUCUUUGACAACGACGAGUUCGCACACACGUUCGAGACGUUUGCAGAGCAUCAUUGUCAUGCAUUCGAUCUGGACAGCGACGAGAUGAAGCUUGAAUACACGGAUAUCUACAACGAGUUUCUCGCUCUCUUUGAAGAGAAGCUAGAAGCGUACAUCCGAUCCCAGGGGGCAACCGUGCACGAAUUCUACGACAUGGUUCGUCGAGCUUAUGAGACCGACCGUCAGUCGGGAACUGUGCUUUGUUCAGAGAUUCUCGUGGCCACUGCAGACUUCGACGUGUUCGUGUUGAUGAUGCGCCAAACCAAGGAGGCCUCGCUGCUGGCUAAGCGCUAA